AUGAGCGUAGUGGUUCUGCUUUGGUGGCCCAUACAGUUUUACAGUGUGUGCAAGCUCAUAAUAGUAUAGCAAUAUCAGCUUGACGCAACCAUUUCCCCUAUCUUGUUUCAGAAAAGACGAAGCUUAUUUAAGCCUCAGGGUGGCAGAACUAUACAUUCUUAGACAAAUUGUACUGUAUGCCAUUGCGCCAUGACGUUUUUUUUUUUUUUUUUUUUUUUUAAACAGCUGCUGACUGGCAACUAGAUUUUACAGUUGCACUCUUUUUCAGUCUACCGUGUGUGUGAAGCCACAACGCUGCUGCAUCCAUGUACUAGAAAGACGACAAAACACAAGUGGGAAUGACCCUGAAUAUACCCCAAUCAUGGCACGGGUCCUUGGAGAACUCAUCGUGUGGCCACAACAUGACAGAAUGGGAAGAGGUCAUGGACAAGCUGUACACAUACUUUUACCUGUUGCUCUUCAUCCCAGGGCUGCUGCUCAAUUCUGUGGCUCUGUGGGUCCUCUGCAGAUACAUUAGGAAGAAUACCAAGUCAGUGAUCUUCAUGAUUAAUCUGGCUUUAGCAGAUUUGAUCCACAUCCUAUCACUGCCCCUAAGGAUUUUUUAUUACUUGACGCACAUGUGGCCCUUUGGACAAAGUAUCUGCUUGCUCUGCUUCUAUUUAAAGUACCUCAACAUGUAUGCAAGCAUUGGAUUCUUGGUGUGCAUCAGUGUACAGAGGUGUCUCUUCCUGCUUUACCCGUUCUCAACUAGAUGGUGGAGAAGCCGCUAUGACCUUGUGAUCAGCAUGGUGGUUUGGGUGCUUGCCGCUGGGGCUUGCUCACCCUUCAUCCUCAUGCGUACUAGCAGCAGUAGUGCUUCUUUCUCACCUCUCCCGUCAAACAAGUCAUCCUUCCCGGAUGUCCCCUUCUCCCUACAGCCUGCAGAUAGUGUCUUGCGCAAUAUGACAUGGUUGGCCUCCAGCCUCGGAAAAUCCGGGGAGUUCUCGGAAACCAAUGCAACUGAAGUCCACUGUUUUAAAGACUUGCCCAUUCGUCAUAUGUCCCUCUCUCUGGCUGUCACCUUGAUGGUGAUGGCUGAGCUCUUUGGUUUCUUAAUUCCUCUGGCUUGCAUCAGUUGUAGCUCCAUAUUCAUCAGCCAUUCCUUUACCAUAAAACAAACCAGGUUUCGACAAGGUCGACUCUUUCACUCGAUUCAGAGCCGACUCUCCUUCACUUGUGCUGAUAGGAACAAUGAGAAGAAGCAGACAAAUAGGGAGAAACGGCGCGCCUUGAGGAUGGUGCUGAGUUGCUCCGUCGUCUUCCUGCUGUGCUUUGGGCCCUAUCACAUUAAUUUCCUACUCUAUCUGCUGGUGCAGCAGGAUUUACUGUCGGAUUGUGCCACCAGGAUAGCCGUGCGCCAGUUUCACCCUGUGUCUCUAUGCCUGGCCAGCCUGAACUGCUGCCUUAACCCACUCCUCUACUACUUCUUAACAGCUGAAUUCAGGUUUCACCUACGUAGGCGCAACUCUUCUUUGAGCAGUCCUAAGCUUUCUCCACUCCACAGGUUGUUAAGGUCAGAGAGUAGCUCUUCCAAUAAAUGGUAAAUCCAUCUAACUAAAUUAAAGCCACUUCUGAAUGUAAAGAGAGAGACUUUGUGUUGGAAUAACAAUAUUUAAUAUCAAUGUGAAAUGUCCAGCACAUUAACUGACUAUUAAUCCUUCCAAAGGAGCAAAGUUUCACAAUUUUUGUCAGUGUGUUCCAGAUCAAUUUUUUUGUUACCUGAAUGAAAUGGUAUUGUGGAUGAUAAUUUGCAUGUGUUCUCUUCCACUUGUGAAUAAAGCUCUUUAUUUACCUUCAAUUACCUGCCGACGCAUCGGUUACACGAAAUAAUAUGCAAUAGGCCCGGAUCUAGGUUUACCCACCAGAGUGGGCACUAAGAAAUCUUGAGGGGGUACCUCCAAUGCAGGCUUUUUUUUUACCCUCUGCAUUUCUCCGGGCUUGGGACCGGCGCAAGUAGGACACUGGCUUGUGUCCGUUGAGGCUGCAUUAAUUUUUGGG